AUAAUUAUCCUUGCUCUAUAAUUAUAACCUAGGAAAAACCAAGCCAUACAGAGAUAGGAGCUGAGGGGACAUAGUGAGAAGUGACCAGAAGACUAGAGUGUGAGCCUAUGCGCGGGUAGGGCCACCAGAGGGCUCCUUGGUCUAGCGGUAACGCCAGCGUCUGGGAAGAUGCCCAUUGCCAAGCAGACCAUGGUCUAGCAGUAGCGUCAGUGUCAAGGAAAAACACCCGCUACUUAGCCAACUGGGGAAGGGAGUCUCCCUUUCCCCAGAGUAGUUCAGAGAAAACCCUACUCCUCCACCUCUUGUGGAGGGCGUGACAUCAGUCAGGCCCUCCCACAGUUAUCCGGAGGCCUGACCAUCUCACUGUGAUGCUGUGCUUCAGCGGUCACGCUCCUAGUCCGCCUUCAUGUUCCAUCCUGUACACCUGGCUCUGCCUUCUAGAUAGCAGUAGCAAAUUAGUGAAAGUACUAAAAACCUCUGAUAUGAAGAAAUAAUGGCAUAGGCUGUGUCCUCUCUCUCUCUGUCUCUCCACCUCGGCUGCCAAACAGGGAAGGGCCCCCUGUCCAGUGGACACGUGAUUGAUGUGACCGUGUCAAUCAUUGGAGAUAACUCACACUCCUUACCCUGCCCCUUUUGCCUUGUACUCAAUAAAUAACAGCACGGCCUGGCAUUCAGGGCACUACUGGUCUCCGCGUCUUGGUGGUGGUGGUCCCCCGGGCCCAGCUGUCUUUUCUUUUAUCUCUUUGUCUUGUGUCUUUAUUCCUACAAUCUCUCCUCUCCGCACAUGGGGAGAAAAACCCACCGACUCUGUGGGGCUGGACCCUACAAAGAAGGACCGGCCAGAGAAGUACAAAACAACCAGGAGAGAAGAAGUCUGUCUCCAGAAGGAGGGAAUGAUCGAGAUGGCCAGUGGAUUUGGAUCUGGCAAUUAGGAGACGGUCGGAACAUCAUCUUGAGCAAUCCCAAGAAGAGGAACGCGUUGUCACUUGCAAUGCUGAAGUCUCUGCAGAGUGACAUUCUUCAUGACGCUGACAGCAACGAUCUGAAAGUCAUUAUCAUCUCGGCUGAGGGGCCUGUGUUUUCUUCUGGGCAUGAUUUAAAGGAGCUGACAGAGGAACAAGGCUGUGAUUACCAUGCCGAAGUAUUUCAGACCUGUUCCAAGGUCAUGAUGCUCAUCCGGAACCACCCUGUCCCCGUCAUUGCCAUGGUCAAUGGCCUGGCCACAGCUGCCGGCUGUCAACUGGUUGCCAGCUGCGACAUUGCCGUGGCCAGCGACAAGUCCUCUUUUGCCACUCCUGGAGUGAACAUCGGGCUCUUCUGUUCUACCCCUGGGGUUGCCUUGGCAAGAGCAGUGCCUAGAAAGGUGGCCUUGGAGAUGCUCUUUACUGGAGAGCCCAUUUCUGCCCAGCAGGCCCUGCUCCACGGGCUGCUCAGCAAAGUGGUGCCAGAGGCAGAGCUGCAGGAGGAGACCAUGCGGAUCGCGAGGAAGAUCGCGUCAUUGAGCCGCCCAGUGGUGUCCCUGGGCAAAGCCACCUUCUACAAGCAGCUGCCCCAGGACCUGGGGACGGCUUACUACCUCACCUCGCAGGCCAUGGUGGACAACCUGGCCCUGCGGGACGGGCAGGAGGGCAUCACGGCCUUCCUCCAGAAGAGAAAACCCAUCUGGUCACACGAGCCCGCGUGAGCGGAGGCAGAGGAAUGAGGCCCAUGGGCAGCGCCCAGGACCCCACCCUCCCCUCUGACCCCAACCCCACACUGCCUCUCAGCUUCAACAGGCAACAGACGAGCGGCUUUUGUGACUUGAUACUGGUGUCACAGCAUUUGGCCUACAUUAAAAGCCACGCUUUCAUGGUGAAAGACAAAAGGGGGAGUGACUGAGCUGUUGACCUCAGUGCAAGGCUGGUGAGCCCUGCAGCGGGCCAGCUAUGGCGGGAAGCCUGGCAUUUGGGGUGCUCCUUACAACAUCUUACGCAAGCGACCCCCCUGACAUAUAAGAAGGUGACAACCCAUGGAGGCAGGAAAGAAGGACACCAGCCUGACCCUUAUCCAAAACCUCCUCCUAGGCGGAGUUAAUCCUGGCUGCUCAGAAGAGGCAACACAUUUCAAAUCUCCAUGAGAUAUUCUCCACGCAGAAAAUCUUCUUGAUUCUAUAGCGAUGUAAUCAUGCCUAUGGCUUUGAAUAAUCUUAUGUGAUUUAAAUAAAUGUAAUCUUUACAGAGA